UGUGUGUGUGUGUGUGUGUGAGUGAGGGGGAAGAGGAAAGCAGUCAGUAGAAUGGAUUUUUGCCCGCUCUCCAUGCGUCCUCCUUCUUCUCUGUCUCAUUUGUGUCCCUCUUCAUCUUCCUCUGCCAGCGUUGCACCCUGGGCACCCUCAGUGCCAGCCCUCGGGGAAAAAGAGAGUCGUCUGGCGGACAGGCAGCUGAAAACCCAACUCCAAUGUCUGCCAGGGAUCUGAAGAAUGGACAGGAUGAACUAGAAGACGCGGUGCCGGUGGCUAAGGUGUGGCCGGAGGUGGAGAGGGCCGAGUGUUUGGCCCGCGGCGCAGCCCUGAAGUGGGCGUCGUGUGUUUUCUGCCGGCCUGAGCACCUGGAGCGACUGAGCCAAUACAGGAAGAGAGAAAGUCAAAGGACUUCCUCCAUACACACCAGACUCAAGUCCAUGGUUCAGUCGUACCUGGAGGGGGUGGGCUGGGGUCUGGAGCAGCUCCGGGAGGCCAGGUUCGAGUUGAGGGAGGUGUCGCACACUUUGAAGAAAGCAGGGCUGGAGUCCAGUCGGAACGCAGAGGGGGUGAAGUCCCUGGAGAGGCUGAGAGAAGUGUUUGUCAGCCACCGUCAGCUCCUCGCUGCUGUCAGCAACCUGCCGCGCCUUUACUCUGUGCGUAGCAUGGUGCUGGAGACGGAGCGUCUGGUGGAGUCCCGACGGCUCCUGGAGGCCCACGCCCAUCUGAUGGAUCUGGAGCACUGGCAGGACGACAUACUCUGGCAGCUCCACGGGGCUGCUGGGACGGCAGGAAGCACGCUCAGCGCAGAGGACCAGGAGCUAGUGGCCAAAUACUUCUCUGGAGUCGGGCAGCUGGUGGACGCCCUGGGUAAGGAGCUGUGGGCGGUGGUGAGCAGCGCUCUGGCUCUGGCCCGACAGAACCCCACGCCGUUCGUAUCAGCAGUGAGGAUCGUGGAGCGGGAGGAGGCCCUGGACCGAGCUCUACUGGAGGAACGAGGGGGGACCAGAGGCACCAGCAGGCCCCUGCCCCCGGGACGACCUCGCUGCUGGAGAGCAUGCUUCUUCCAGGUACUAGAGGAGGCGGUCUCAGCGCGGUUUCGCAGCAUUUCCUACCUGCACACGCGCGGCCCGGGUCUAGCAGGCCACCUCUCUGCUCUCCAGCACGGCAUCAUAGCUGAUCUGGCCACCGUGCGCCACCUGCUGGAGCACUGCGUCCCGCCGCACUACCGGCUGACGGGGGCCUACCUGAGGGCCAGCCAACGCUGUUUACACGCUCACCUGGCACAGGUUAGCAGCUGGGACCUGGAGAGUGGUGAAAUCUUUGCUGUGCUCAACUGGGUGCUACACAUCUACAACAGCCCAGACAUGAUGGGUCAUCCAGAGCUGGUGACCGAGAUGGAGAAAGUGGAACUAGAGCCUCUCAUCUCCACCGAGGGACUGGAGCAGCUGCAGAACAAAUACGUGCAGAGUGUUCGGAAGUGUGUAUCAGAGUGGAUGCACAAAGCCCUACAAGUGGAGUUGCAAGACUGGCAGAGAGACCAGGAACCAGAUACAGACCAUGAAGGUUUCUACCAGACCAGCUUGCCCACUAUCAUCACACAGAUGCUGGAGGAGAACGCCCGGGUGGCUCGGAUGAUUGGAGAGUCCCUGCGAGAUCAGACGAUACAGAUGGGCCUGUAUGAGAUGGAGAACCUCCUAAACAGGUUUCGAGAAGCUCUGGUGGAAUUUGGGAAAGAGCAUCGCAGGGAUCUGAGCAACAACAAAAACAAGUUCUACUUCCACUAUCUGCUGGCAUCCAUCAGCAACUGCAUCAUCCUCAAAAAAUCCACAGAGAGUCUGCAGAAGCAGCAGUCGUCCCGCUCGGCGGGACAGUUCUCUCGGACUCCUCCAAACCCCCUGGCAGCGCUGGACCGGGCGGUGAGACGGGCGUGUUGCCUGGUGAUGGAUCAGCUCCUGCUGGACCUCCAGCCCUUCCUCCCGGGCCUGCUGACCCGAUCCUGGCUGGUCCAGGGAGACCCCACCCCCAAACUCUGCCGCGUCCUCGAGCGCCACCUGGAGAUGCACGGCCGCGUUCGACCACCCUGCAGACAGCGUCUGCAGGAGGAGGCCCAGUGGCUGAUGGUGGUGGAGUACGUCAGGGCUCUGAUGCAGAAGAGGCUGGUGUGUCGCAGCGCCGAGGAGAGGAGGCAGCUCGCGCAGCAGAUGGUUCAGGACGACCAGCAGUUUAGAGAAAUCCUCCACGGCCUGGAGGGUGAAGGCUCAGUACCUGAAGUGAAUCCUUUGUCCUUACUACCCGUCCUCGCUGACUUCAUCCGACUGAAAGACCCCGGCAUGCUCACUCUGGAAGUUUCUGGACUCGCAGCCAAGUACCCCGACAUCAGUGAAGAGCAUGUGUCUGUCCUGCUGGAUAUCCGUGGGGAUGUCUCCAGGGACAUCAGAGGGGCUGUGCUGGACUUGCUGGAGCAGAGCGCCCCGCCUCUGCCUGCGGGAUACCGGCCCAUCUUCACCGAUAUCCUGGUCCCCCCCCCCACCAUGGCCUUCUGUCUGCCAACCGCCAAGUGUGCGUGAUGGCGACUGAAACUGCAGCUUACACGCAUCAAUCAUACUGGGAGCUGCCCAGUGUCACCGUCUUCUUUUGUGUCCCAGUGAAGUAGAUUAAGGGUUCGUGGCCUUUGCUUGUAUAACUUGGCCCGUCAGGGUAAGCAGUCAUCGGAAACCGUUUGGAAAAGGGACGGCACUUUGAGAAAAUACUUGCCAGGGGAUUGGUCGAACCAUCAGUCAAUCAAACACUUGCCGAAGCCGAUCAGGAUAAGAACGAAACAUGUUUUCAAUGCCGUUCUCUGCUCUUCUUUCAAUGAGGAGAAACUCUCAAGUUCCGAACUUAUCCAGGAGCUGCCAUCGUCGUUUAGAACAAACAGUGGCCUCUGCCUGUCGUGACAUACACCUAAGCCACGCCCCCUAGCUACAGUAGCUCCUCGAGCAAGGCCAAUUGCUUCAGUCACUAGCUUACCGGACACAAACGCAUUUCUUGAAGCCUGACGGGAGGGAUUUUUCUUGUGGUGUCGCGUGACACCGCGAUAAUCCAGCUGCCGUGCAAGGUUAGCAUCCAUGAGCCACUAUAGCUCGAUUAGGUUGCAAGGUAAAACGAUAUCUUUCACGCUGUCACAACUUGUUCUCAUGUGUCUCAGCGACCAUUGACAGUACUUUCUACUGAGCAAAUGCUUUGAACGCCGUCAGCAAAAAUUCCUUUUUCACCUUCGCUGUGUUUGGGCGACAGCAGACAUUUUAGAGGCUGAUACUUUAAAACUUCGGCUCACAAAACCUAAUGGUAAAUGGACUGUACUUGUAUAGCACUUUUCUAGUCUUUCCGACCACUAAAAGCGC